AGGCGGCUCGUCUUACCUUCAUUCUUAAUCAGCCCGUCGCCACCGGAAUCGAACUCUCGUGCGCACUACCUCAUCGCGCGAUGUCUCACAAUCACACCAUGCCUGCCCGGCGCUGCUGCACGCCCGCAGCGCAUCGGCGGCACCCGCGGCGCUUCGCCGUUGCCCCGCAUCGGCUUCGCCUGGACUGCGCUACCACGCACCCGCAGCGAGUAACCGGCAACAACAACGCCUUCCUGGUGCCUCACAUCGGCUUCUCUUCUCCACCUCAGGCCGCCACCCUCAAGCGCCCAUUUACGACCACGAGGACACCCUCCACGCCGGGAUGCGAGGAUUGAAGAUCAGCUGUGAGACGACUGACAUGGAGGAAGAGCAGGAGCGAGUGCGCGGGCUUCCUGCCGGACCUGCUGCAUCUGGUCUGCGGCCACCUCCCUCUCGCCGAUGCACCGGCGCUGUCUGCAGGCACUGUCGCUGGUGCGUGUUCCAAGUAUACCCGGCUGACGCGGCGCCAUCAGCUGCUACAACAUCUUCGCCGGACCGUCCGCAUCGGAUUCGCCCGGCCGGGACAGCCCUCCACACCCACCCCGCGCAAUCGUCGCAGCUCCACCAAGGAGAGCCCCUCCUUCCUUGCUCCGGCGUGGUGCCCGACAAGCCAGCUAGUGUGGCUGCAGUCGAGGAGGAAAAAUAGGUGCUCUGCUCUCUUCGUUCUCACGCUCUGCUUGCCUCAGGUAAGUAGAGUAAUUUAAUUUCACCUACAUGGAUAACUCGACCUUGUGGUGUAGGUAUAAAUCUGCCUCAACGAUUCAGGAGAGUUUGGGAUGGGGAAUUGGAGAUACAGAGGGAGGAGGAAGUAGCAGGGGUGAUGCUCCGAGGAUGAGAGAGAGAGAGAGAGAGAGAGAGAGAGAGAGAGAGAGAGAGAGUUCAGAGACUAAUCAACGCCUGCUCACACACACACACACACACACACACUUACUGGUGGUCCCGGGGCCACCAGCCAUCUCACCGAGCUCUCUCAUACUGAAUCGCAGCUCACCUGAUAGCUGGAUCCUGCACAAUCGUCUGGGUUGCAAGACCAGGCGACUCGAUGUCCGCCGACGUAGCCCGAGGCGUGACACACGACCAGAGAGGAAGUACUAGAAUUAAGAUGAGGUUAUUAAAGCUAAUGAAAUGGGAUAUCUCAUUUCUUGCCUAUAUUUUUUCCAAGUAAGAAAUGGUUGGGAUCCAUCUCCGUGGCCCAUACGAGUAUACGAUGACUCAUCUCACCUUACCUUAUCAAGGUUAAAUUUUCAUGCCUUUAUUAGGUUCUUUCGUACUCAACUGCUUUUUCUUAAGUUUGUGCAUUUGCUGUUCUAUUUGUUCCAUGCUUGAGGGCUAGAAAUAUUGUUAUAUUCAUUUCCAUAGCCAUUAGCCUCUU